AUGCCAAUAGCCUCUGCAGCAUCGCUGGAUAACAUGGUCUUUUAUCAAGGCCCACCUUUGCAGUCGGCCGCACGUAAGACGUCUGAACGUAUCCCCGCCUCGAAAAGCGGACCUGGCGAAGUCGUGUUCAGCUUAUCGAGCCGUUGCCAGCCGCCGAUUGACCCUUUCGGCGGAGAAAUCGACACUGGCUCUCUGAAGCUUCGUGUAGCGUCUAUGAUCGCACCGUUGCACGGUCAGAAGCUCAGUUCGUCCCAACCACUACCUGGGGCUAGUCGCAGUUCGUUCCUCGACGAGACAGUGCAGACCCCGGAUGCCGCGUUCUCGACGCCCAAAAUUGUGUCAACCGUGGAACCAGUCGAUUCCACUCGUUCACCAAGUAGCGUAGCCAAGCUGCUGGGGCCUACGGACAAGCUCUACGGCGCUCUUAUUUCAUCCGCCGGGCCCAUUAUCCAUUCUCGCCCCGAAGACACGGAGUCUACCUCUCUUGGAGAGACUGGUGAUAAUUGUGGGCCGUGGUCCGAUGGCGGAGUGCCUGCUCGCGACCUAUCGAAUCGACGGCCUUCUGCGCGCUCCACAAGCUGGCCGAGCCCAACAGCGUGCGAUGAUACCGAUGAGUAUUCUGUCGGAUUUCCAAUCUCGACCCUGGUCCCGUCGGCCGAUUUCGAUGGCAGCAACAGUGACCCCCUCUGGCGACCACACAAGAAUACUGAUGACCUAUUGUGUGAAGCCGCUUCCAUUCACAAGGCUCGCUCUUGGUGUUCGCCGUCCUGGCCAGAAAAUAGUGCUCGAUCCGCCGAAGUCAUCAAUUCGGUUGCCGUAGACCACGAGGAAGUUGCAAGGACGCAUCCGCAGAGGUCUUUGCAGUCCGGCGCACAUCGCCGGACGGAAUGCUUGGCCACAGCUAAAACCGACGACAGCGAAAGCGAAGCUCCGCGGAAGCCUUACCGGAGACUUCGCACGAAAAGGAGCUCGCGUCCCAUUAGCAAUGGCGCACAUCUACUAUCGCGCU